AUGGCAUUUCAAUAACCAAAUCCUAUUUAAAACCCCUCUACUCAACCAUUUUUUCCCAAUUCUAUUUUCCACCCUCUUCACUUGCUUAGACAACAAGGAAACAAUAUCAAACUUUCUCUCUUUUACUUGCAUCCUCCACCAUGGCUAUGGCUUUUAAGAUGGCGACUACGGGCAUGUGGGUGACUGAUGAAUGCAAGAAUUCUUACAUGGAUAUGAAAUGGAAGAAAGUUCAUAGGUACAUAGUUUACAAGAUUGAUGAGAAAUCAAGAUUGGUCACAGUUGACAAAGUUGGUGGGGCUGGAGAAAACUAUGAGGAUUUGGCUAAAGCUCUCCCCAAAGAUGAUUGUCGAUAUGCCGUAUUUGAUUUCGAUUUUGUUACAGUUGAUAAUUGCAGAAAGAGCAAGAUCUUCUUCAUUGCCUGGUCACCAACAGAAUCAAGAAUCAGAGCAAAAAUAUUGUAUGCAACAUCAAAAGCUGGACUGAGGAGAGUGCUAGAUGGAAUUAGCUAUGAACUUCAAGCAACUGAUCCAACUGAGAUGGGAAUUGAUUUGAUCAAGGACAGAGCCAAAUGAGAUGUCCCAUUUUUCUAAUUAGCAAACAAAUUAAAGCACUGUGUUUUUUGCCUUCUUUUUCAAACUUUGUUCCUAAUAUAAUAAUGACUCCACUUAGAGGGCAAAGAUGCUUUUUUCUUUCUUCCUUAGUGGUACUAUUGUGACCUUUUUGUAAGAUCUACUAAGCAAGGUUGAUCCAACCUUCUAAUUUGUGAUAA